CUUCACUUACUGUAUUCAUGAAACAUCGGCAAUUAACGGCGUGAUGAUCCGUGCCUUGAGUAUCAUAGACACGUUUUUUUUAUGGUUAAAUGGUAACACUGUUUGAAAGGGUGUAUCUAUUAGCCAUGCUGAUACAAAUAAUAAUUCCACAGCAAAGAACCUUGAGCCAAAUACCAGCACAAGGCAGCCAAUGACUGACUACAGAUUGUCAAAUAUGGUGGCGAUGGAGCUCGUGUUCAGUGCCACCAUUUUUGUGCAUUCACCAUGACUGGUUUAUCCAAUUGGAGGUGUUUAGUUUCAAAGCUCCGCUUUUGCUUAGAUCCAAAUCGGGUUUUUUGGCAAGAGAUUAUAUACGACAUAGGAGCCAAGGAUCCUCUUGUUGAAAAAAAAGGACGUGCAUUCGUUGGCCAGUUUGCUUACGAUGCCGCUAUUUUCAAGACGCAUUCUUUUGGUGGGUGGGCUCUUGCUUCUGAUCUGGGUUUACUCGCGUUAUAUUUCGGUCGAUUCGCCCGUGGCGGAAUUGGUGGAAAAACCUGAAUUCGAAGGCUAUGUUCGACCUGUCAAUGACGCCCACGCAGGGUACAUUCAAAUCGAGGAUCAUUCACAACGUAUGAUCAAUGCGCGGAAACUAGCCGUCGAUCGUAAAUACUGCGGUGGUACUUGUCGUUUUAUCGUUCCCAUCGUGAUUACAGAACAAGAAUCCAAGGCACAGUUCCAUUUUCGUCAGUUGGCUUUUCUUUCGGGCAUGGUAGGCAGAACAAUCGUGUUGCCCAACGUGUUCCGGUCCCAUCUCGGGGCUUGUCGUCACUUGCCUUUCAGCUUCUACUACGAGUACGACUGGCUUGAUCGCAACAAAGAGCAUUUCAACUACAUCACUCUGGAUGACUUCCGAGCAUGGGCAAGAGAACGGCAACAAGCUGGCGCCGUAGCUACGGCGGAAGAAUUGUCCAUCGAACUGACCGAACAAGCCAUGUCUUCGCACUUGCAAACCAACUGUUUGAAACAUCUGUUUGAUUUUGGCGACUCGUCCAUGGCUCGUUUUGUCUUGGAAGAUCCUGAAACGAUUUCACGUCGUCAAGGCGAUUAUACUGAAAUUCUGAAAAAUGAGUUAUUAAAGCAUGAUCAUGUGGAAACCAUUCAUUUGUAUUACGAUCGCAGAUUCGGAUUUAUUGACGAAACCGAAGCACAUCGGCCUCUCUCUUACAACCGACGGUGGAACGAUGUGGCGGAUCGUAUUGCCGAUCAGCUUCAUCCAUUUGUGGCAGUUCACUGGCGUAUGGAACGUUUGGAACCCAUCGAUAAUCUGGUGCCUUGCGCCGAGAAUCUGGUCCAUCAACUGAAAGCGUUGAUGAAUGUGAAGAAUGUGUUCUUGCUCACGGAUUAUCCUCAUCUGUUGAAUGCUUCCAAGACCGCAACCGAGUCCAUGUCGUUCCGAGCAGAUGAACUGCGACCAGAGCAUCAUGCGGCUAUUCGCCACGUGUACGAAUCGGUGGAUGUGACAGUGACGGCACUGGAACGACCGGGUGUAGUGUACGACGGGUUGCCGGCGUCGUGGCAUAUUGUGACCAUUCCUCCUUUUCAACGACCAGUGGAUGCGAGCGUGCUCGGAAUCGUGGACAAACUCAUUGCCAUGCGUGCUGACUGGUUUUUGUCCGGUCAGCCGGGUGUUUGUGGCAAACUUAGCAGUUUUACUACGCGUAUCAUCGAAGAACGCAACCGACUGGGGCUGCCCCAUGACAUCUUUACCACUCAAUAGACGAAAACUCCAUUUCUCCCCCCCCAUCGCUCCCCCGCUUCUCAUCACAUGAUACAUCAUAAAAAAAAUAUUGACAAGAGGUCAUGACAAGCACAACAUGGUUUUUUUGGUUGAUCGGAAUAUAAUGCAAAAAAAAG